AUGACAAUUUUUCACUUCCUGCCACUCAUCGAGUCCCCGCUCCACGGCACGGUGGGAAAGAGUCGAGCAUUCGCUGGGCUCUGGAGGGAUUCGACGCCGCGCAGUCUGGCCAACUCUCCGUUCGCCAUCUUGAACCCUAACUGUGUCGUUGCCGGCCGAGCGGCCGAGCGGCCGAGCGACGGAAGAUCGCAACUCUGCGCGAUUAACACUCGUCUCGAGGACCACGUGUGCUUCAUCGGCCUCAAGGACGCCCCGGUACUAAUUAGAGAUGGUCGUUUUUCUAAUAACGACCACAUGGCCACAUGCUUAGCACCGUAUACAUCCGGCAUCCGAAUCGCGUGCACGCCCGAAAAAAACCAAGCGGCCGCGGACGUCGUCGCUGCGGCACCAGCUAGGGGGCUAGUGAACACAAUCCAUUACCGAAUUGCGAGGCGCGCUCAAUCCUCACGGCCGAAGCGAGGCAGCAAUGCAACGUUCACGAGGCGAUUUGCCCACGGAGCGCGUUAUUUUAAACGCUCUUCGGGUUAUGCUUUCCACUGGGAGUCG